AUGGGCUCGGACGUCUGGGUCGGCCCUUGGCGGCCGCACCGGCCCCGCGGCCCCAUCGCAGCGCUCUACAGAGGCCCGGGGCCCAAGUACAUGCUGCCACCGAACACCGGCUACAUCCUGCACGACCCGUCGCGGCCCCGCGCCCCGGCGUUCUCCUUCGGCGCGCGCCUCCCCACGCAGCAGACUUCGUGCGGCCCCGGGCCCGGCCACCUGAUUCCAGCUCGUAUGACCGUGCGCGGCCCCGACGGCACCCCCGCCUACUCCAUCCACGGCCGUCCGCGCCACGCAGCGCCCUUCCUCACUCCGGGACCCGGCAGGUACUUCCCAGAACGAGCUGGGAACGCGACGUACCCCAGUGCGCCUCGGCACACCAUCGCCCCCCGAAACUGGGGCAUCCACGCGGGGCCGCAGACCCCAGGCCCCGGGGCCUACACUGUGCCCUCGCUCUUGGGUCCGCGUGUCAUCGGUAAAGUCUCGGCCCCAACUUACUCCAUCUGUGGCCGCAGCGCAGUGGGCAGCUGCUUCGAGGACCUCAGCAAGACCCCGGGUCCCUGCGCCUACCACGUGGUGAACACUGGGAUCUACAAGCCUCGGGCCCCCCAGUUCUCGAUGCUGGCGCGGAAUUCACUCCCCCAGGACAACACCCUGAAUCCGGGACCCGCAGCCUACAACGUGGACCAAGGGCAUCGCAAGCCCGGCGGCUGGAGCUUCGGGAUCCGGCACUCGGACCACCUGGCCCGGGUCCUGACCUACGCGGAUGACUGACCCGCUGGGCGGGCGUGGCCCCACAAACGUUUGCUUAAAGCCUCCCGAGCCA